AUGGAUGUGAAUACUGCAUUUUUAAAUGGAGACUUAGAUGAAGAGAUCUAUAUGGAGCAACCAGAAGGAUUCAUAGUUAAGGGCCAGGAACAUAAAGUGUGCAAGUUGGUUAAAUCUUUAUAUGGCCUAAAGCAAGCUCCUAAGCAAUGGCAUGAGAAAUUUGAUAAGGUGAUUCUAGAUUAUGAUUUUAAGUUUAAUGGUCACGAUAAAUGCGUUUAUUAUAAAGAGAAUAAUGGAGAACAUGUAAUUUUGUGCCUAUAUGUUGAUGACAUUUUGAUAUUUGGGACGAAUUUAGAGAUUGUGAAUGAUGUGAAGUCAUAUUUAUCUAGGAAUUUUGACAUGAAAGAUAUGGGAGAAGCACAUGUAAUCUUAGGAAUGAAAAUUGAGAAGACAACAAAAGGAAUCUCUCUAAGUCAAUCUAGUACUAUUGAGAAGAUGUUGAAGAAGUUCAAUCACUUUGAAUGUAAGCCCACACCAACACCUUAUGAUCCAAAUUUUCAUUUAAAGAAAAAUCAAGGUCAACCGUUUUCUCAGUUGAAGUACUCCCAGAUGAUAGGUUCUUUGUUGUACAUUGCAAAUAAGACUAGGCCAGACAUUGCUUAUGUUGUUGGAAGAUUAAGUAGGGAGACACAUUACCCAAGCAAGGAACAUUGGAAUGCUUUGGAAAGAGUUUUCAAGUACCUAAGAGGAACAAUGGAUUAUUCACUAUGCUAUAAAGGAUUUCCAAAUUUAGUAGAGGGAUAUAGUGAUGCAAAUUGA